CUUCCAUUGCAGAAGUUGACGUUUGAAUAUCGCGAUGUGUUCUGGGGGCUUCGCCAAGUGUCUGGGGAUCAGUUUGAUGCCCCUCUCCAUUGUGUGUGUGCUGUGCAACAUCCUGCUCUUCUUCCCGGGCGGGAAGACCGUGGAGAGUAAAUUCAUCACAGAUGAAGUCUGGUAUUUUGGAGGCAUUCUCGGCUCGGGUGUGUUGAUGAUCUUCCCAGCCUUGGUCUUCCUGGGUCUGAAGAACAAUGACUGCUGUGGUUGCUGUGGUAACGAAAGCUGUGGGAGGAGAUUUGCGAUGCUGAGUUCCAUACUGUUUGCAACUAUUGGUGUCAUAGGAGCUGGUUACUCAGUCAUCAUUUCGGCUGUAGCCAUAAACCGUGGACCGGAAUGUUUUGUUGUAGUUAACAACACAAAGAUGUGGACCUACGCUUUCUCCGAUGGGGACUACCUGAGCAACUCAGACGUGUGGUCCAGGUGUGAGGAGCCAGUGGGUGUGGUGUCCUGGAACCUCUCCCUGUUCUCGGUGCUGCUGGUCAUGGGUUUGAUCCAAUUGGCGCUGUGUGCCGUGCAGGUGGUGAACGGCCUGCUGGGAGCUCUGUGCGGGGACUGCUGCGGGUGUUGUGGAGGGAGCGACGGAGCUGUGUGAACGUGACUCGUGGCUGAAAGGAACAGUUUCUUCUGCAUUUAUGUUUUGGUUUUACACAGUAGCAUGUACCUUUAUUGCCUGAGGAUUUAAUUGUAUGUUUUGGUAUAACGAGCUGCUUAAUUACAGUGUAGUUGAACUAGUUUUAAAUGUCUUUUUUAUGUACAAGCACGGAUGGUUGAAUAUUGCAGUAUUUGUUGUUGCUUUGCUUUCAGUCUUAUUAUUAAAAAAAAAAAAAAAAACUUGAGAAAGAAACUUAAAUGGAUGAAGCAUUCAGAAAAUAAGCAGAAUCACAACGCAGUGCAGUUCAGUUCCUGGGGGUAGAUGUGUUAUGGCUGC